ACGGAUCGAGUGUUUGUUUUCACUCUCAGGCUUCAGCUCGACCGCGCUUUUUGAUUUUAUGUUCUAGUGAUUCCAAGAUGUCUUCAGAGUCUGAUGAAGCACCAUCAUCACCACUCAUUGUUGAUGUGGAGGAGGAGGAUUCCUUCAAACAGAAGACGUAUCUAUCACCUCUGGUCCAUCAUCUGAUCUCUAAGAUUGGGUCAAGAACAUCAGCUAGCCAGAAUGAGCCAUGUUUGCUACAAAGUGGUCUUAUUGAUUGGGAGGCUCUGAACAGUAAUGCACUUCAACAUGAUAUAGAUUCUUGGGAUACAAAGAAAGACUUCAAUAAUGUAGUAGGUAGACUUGCUGUGCCUUGUCUGGACAUCCAUGAGCAUGUGAUGGCGCUCUCUCUAUCUGACCUGGAGGAGACAUAUAGUAAAUGGUUGCAAUGGACAGGUUGCCCUGGUGUUUUUCUAGAAGGGUUUCAGCUUCUGAAAGAGGGAGAUUUGAGAGGUCCUUCAAUCAGUUUACUUGUGACCACAUCAGUCCUAGAGAAGGCACUGGGAGAUGUCUACUUGAUGAAAAAUAAGCCAUGUCCAUCUCUGCUGAAAGAUCUUCUGAUAACACAAGAACUACAGAGUUUCUUUGGAUGCCAUGCAUUAUUUUGUUUACGAGUCUUGAUGGGACCUCCAACCAGUCUCAACCUCAGAAACAUUCUGUGGCAUGGAUUUGCAUCUCCUGGUGAAAUUCCUUCAAGAUAUUCCAGUUUUCUAUUGGUAUUGACCGCAAGUCUUGGCUACAUGCUUCAUAGCCUUGGAAUUCAUCCAUCCAGCAUUCCUCAUAGAACACAGAUAGAUUUCCAGAAACAUGUUCCAUUGCUACAUAACAAAUUUCCUGUUUUACUUCCAGAUCACUUGAACACGCUUUCUAAAGAGGUUUGUGAGAGAGGCCUUAUCUGUCAAAGUCAUGUUUCAAUGUGGGAACAAGCUGCUCACUAUUAUGAAAUUGAAAGGUAUAAUCUAUGUGUUAUGAUCUUAUGCCCUCUACUUGAACAUCUGAUCAGACUAAUUUUCGCCAAAGCCAACAGGUGUCCUGAGAGAGUCCUUACAGCAGAGUCCACUGUGUUAUUCACAACAUUUGAUGAGAUGCUCUGUGCUGAGCUGAGUGAUGGAAACCCCAAUCUGCUUAUACCUGCAAUAUCUGAGCCAUUCAUGGACCUGCUGAUGGAUCUUCUCGUGCAUCCCGACGGUCCUCGUCUCAGGGACCGCAUCAGUCAUGGUGAGGUUGACAUCCAUGGUGUACCCAGAGAAGUCGCUUCAUUCACUAUAUGUGCCUUGUUUUCCUGCUCCAUGAAGCCGCCAAAUUUAGCUGAUAAAAUCUCACACCAAAAAUUGCCCAUUUUAGAUGAGAUCCUAGAUUGUGCUUCUUCCUACACCUCUGUCUUUUACCCUGUGGCUUCCUGUAGACGUCUGGUCCACUCUCUGGCUCCCUGUCUGAGUGACUGGUCCUCCAUGCCUAGACCAACACCCCAGGACCUGGACCACUCUCCUUGGGAAACUGGACCAGUGGAGGGUGAGUCACAGGAGAGGACCAGAGACAAGGACCUGGUACUGAUGGUGGUGAGACACAGUCGGUGCUUCAGCAAGGAUGAUGAAGCCUCUAUAACUGAGUGUGUCAUCAACCCUUUCCUCUGCAUGGAAUCCCUUGCACAUCACCUCGAUAGUCUUCAACUUCAGACGUUGUUCAGGCCUCGUAAGGAGCUUGAGAUAGCAGGUCUUCUACAUCGCAUUGCAGCUGAAUGCCUAAAGGUCAACGAUCAGAUCCGUUACCUGGCAACCACAAGAUUCAGCCAAUGGCAGGGCAAAGAACUUAGAUCUAGACAGAGAACAAACUACCAACGUUUCCUGAACAGGUGAGGUUAUUAUUUUUGUUAACCAAUUUAAAUUGACAUCAUUGUGAUUCUAUAUUAAUGUCAAUAAGUUUCAGUGAUUGUUUUCAAAGCAUAAUGUCUCUUCAUUGUCAUUUAUAAAUAGAUUAAAGGGUAGUGACAUGGAAAGUAUCAUGUAUGAUCUACAUGUACCAACAUUUUGUGAUCGGUAGACAUUUUCUGCCCCAUCAUGUCAUAUGUAUUUGAUAGACACAAUGAAAAU